AUGUCGGGCCAAGAACCUAUUGCCAUUAUUGGCCUCUCCUGCCGCCUUCCUGGCGGCAACUCCAACCCCCGCAAGCUUUGGGACUUUCUUGAACGAGGCGGAAUUGCCUCCAACAAGGUCCCUGAGAACCGCUUCAACAUCAACGCCCACUGGGAUGGAUCACACAAGCCUAGGACCAUGCGCCCACUGGGCGGUAUGUUCUUGGAAGACGUGGAUCCGGCGGAUUUUGAUGCAUCUUUCUUUGAGAUUUCCAAGACGGAUGCAAUUGCCAUGGACCCAAAUCAGAGACAAAUGCUUGAAGUAGUAUUUGAGGCGCUAGAAAACUCUGGUCUGCCUCUCGAGAAGCUGGAUGGAGCUCCGGUGGGAUGCUUUGUAGGCUCCUUUGCAUCAGAUUAUGGCGACAUGCAAGCUCGCGAUCCUGAUGACCGUCCUGCCAACAUCACUGUUGGUGUCGGCCGCGCCAUCCUGGCCAACCGCCUCAGUCACUUUUUAAAUAUCAAGGGCCCCAGUUUGACGAUAGACACGGCCUGCUCAGGCUCUCUCGCCGGCCUUGAUGUGGCAUGCCGAUACCUGAAAACUGGUGAAAUUGAUGCCGCUAUCAUUGCUGCUAGCAAUCUUUACUUCAACCCCGAGCACGUCAUGGACAUUGGCGCCGUCGGAAACGCACACUCCCCUACUGGCCUCUGCCACACCUUUGACAUUUCGGCCGACGGAUACGUCAAGGCCGAGGCUGUCAGCUCUUUUAUUAUCAAGCGUCUAUCCGACGCUAUUCGCGAUGGCGACCCCGUGCGAGCAGUUAUUCGAGGCUCAUCUACAAACAGUGAUGGCCGUACACCUGGUAUUGCCAGCCCUAGCGCUGAAGCACAGGCGGUUGCCAUUCGCGCGGCCUACGCAAAUGCUGGCAUCACCAACUUUAAUGACACGGGAUAUCUGGAAUGUCACGGUACCGGAACUCAGGCCGGUGAUCCGACUGAAGUUCGAGGCGCAGCAUCAGUCUUUGCUGCCUCUCGCCCAGCUGAUAAGCCUCUCCUUAUUGGUUCAAUUAAAAGCAAUUUGGGCCAUGCGGAGCCCGCAGCAGGUAAUUCCGGCUUGAUCAAGGCGGUUCUGGCUAUUGAGAACGCUCGCAUCCCGGGUAACCCAACCUUUGAGAACCCGUCCCCCAAAAUCGACUUUGCUGGAUGGAAAGUCCAAGCUAGUCGCUACACAGUCCCCUGGCCGACGACCAACGCGCUCCGACGCGCCAGUGUCAACUCGUUUGGUUACGGAGGCUCCAACGUGCAUGUUGUCAUUGAGCAGGCAGCGUUGGACCACAAACCCCGGCACACAUCUUCCUAUCUGUCUGAAGAUGCAGAACUCGAUAUCGAUGACGAACUCGAAGAGGGCCGGUCCCACACUCUGGUUCUGUCCGCCAACGACGAGGCAUCGCUGCGUGCAAACAUCCGUGCUCUUUCCAACCACCUGAUCAACCCUCGAGUCAAGGUCAACCUCGCCGAUUUGGCAUACACGCUUAGCGAAAGACGCUCUCUCUUCUUUCACAGGGCAUACUUGACCACCAAGACUACAGACUUUGAAGACGAUGCAUUCGUCUUGGGCAAGAAGCAGUCGGAGAAGCCGCGCAUUGGCUUCGUCUUUACUGGUCAGGGAGCGCAGUGGCCGCAGAUGGGCAAAGAGCUACUAGAACUGUUUCCCUGGACGCGCAGUAUUCUUGAAGAGCUCGAUGCAGUUUUGCAAAAGCUGCCUAACCCUCCUGCCUGGUCACUGAUUGAUGAACUGACUCAGCCUCGCGCUGCCGAGCACCUUCGACAGCCAGAAUUCUCUCAGCCUCUGGUGACUGCCCUUCAGCUCUGCAUCUUGGCUGUCCUUGAAUCGUGGGGCGUUUCCCCGCAGAGCGUCAUUGGCCACUCGUCUGGUGAAAUCGCCGCCGCUCAUGCCGCCGGCUUCCUCAGCCGUGCCGACGCCAUUGUUGCCGCAUUCUAUCGCGGACGUGCUGCGGUCAACCGCAAGAACGAUGUGGCUCAGAAUGUCGGCAUGUUGGCAGUCGGCCUUGGAGGUGACGCAGUGCAGCCGUACCUCGAGGCCCAUGCGGGCAACGCCUGGAUAGCCUGCUACAACAGCCCCGGCAGCGUCACAGUCUCGGGUAGAGUUGAAGCCCUCGAGGCCCUCGCUCAGAGCCUCAAGGCCGAUUCUCAUUUUGCCAGACUGCUUCAGGUGGAUCUUGCCUACCACUCGGAGCUGAUGAGCGUCAUUGGUGAAGAAUACGAGAACCUUUUGCAGAAGGCCAGCUUCACCUCCUCUGCUGGUCACAGCCACGUCACCAUGUUUUCCUCCGUCACUGGAAAGAAGAAGACGGAUGUCGCAGAUGCUUUGUACUGGAAGAACAACAUGGUUUCUCCAGUGCAGUUUAACGAUGCUGCUCAGGAAAUGCUCACCUCGCCGGACGGCCCGACUGUGCUGGUUGAAAUCGGACCAUCUGGUGCUUUAGCCGGCCCUGUCUCUCAAAUCAAAAAGGCCCUCGAUAAGCAAGACAGCGAUGUCGCGUACAUUGCUGCCUGGUCGCGUGGAGCUAAUGCAGGCAAGGCACUGUUUGACGCUGCUGGACGCCUCUUUGUGACUGGAUACGCAAUCGACCUGGCCAAGGUCAAUGAGUACAAGGAGCCAUCCACCAUCAUCGACUUGCCCAACUACUCUUGGAACCACUCCAUCAAGUACUGGCACGAGAAUGCUGCCAGCAGAGACUGGCGAUUCAAAAAGUACACGUCGCAUGACUUGCUCGGAAGCAAGGUCCUCGCCACCUCGUGGCAGGCCCCUAGCUGGAGAGCUCAUCUCAACCUCGACAACGUUCCCUGGCUCAAGGACCACAAGAUGGGGGCAGACGUCCUGGUUCCAGGCUCUGGCUUUAUUUCCAUGGCGCUCGAAGCCAUCUGGCAGAAGUACAAGGCUGUCGAGCCGGCCGCUGCCGACGUCGCCGCAAUCAAUGAUUUGGCUUACCGGUUCCGCAAUGUCAAGUUUGAAAAGGCCCUGGUACUCGAGGAGGGCAAAGACACCGAGGUGAUACUUUGGUUGACUCAGCAGCCAGGCAGCAAAACAUGGCACGAAUUUGUCAUUUCUACAACAACUGCAGACGGCUUCCGCAUUGAUCACUGCUCUGGCCUGGUCAGGGUGCAAGAUGAGCUGCCCGAUUCGAUUCCAGAAGGUCAGGACGGAGAGCUCGCCCACCCCACUGCUGGACGUCUAUGGUACAAGGCGCAGUCGCAGAUCGGCUACGGAUUCGGCCCUUCAUUCCAAAAGCUCAAGCACGUCGAGUCCCUCAGCGGAAGCCGCAAAGGCCGCGCCGUCGUUGCGCUUGAGCCACCUGCUUCCAAAUGGAACCCCCAGACUUACUACCCAAUCCACCCAGCGUCUCUGGAUGGCUGUUUCCAAACCGUGACGCCGUCGCUGUGGUCGGGCGAGCGAAGCUCCAUCAACGCAGUUGUUGUGCCGUCGGUGCUUGACGACCUCGUUAUCAACAAGGUGCCCCAUGACCUUCAGGAUGGCUUGUCUCUGGCCAACUCGGAGUACUCUGGCCGUGGACGUCUCUCCGAAGCCAAGAGCUACAUGUCCAACUGUGCCGUGUACGACCCACGGACUGGCAAGCUAAUUGCUCGCAUGACUGGUCUUCACUUUGCCGAGCUCAACACCGACGCCAAGGUCGACCCGCAUACCUUUGACGAGGUUACUUGGAAGCCAGACAUUAGCCUGCUUUCGAACCAGCAGAUUGCGUCUCAGACCCUCAGCCUGGACGCCGUGGAGGGAAUCGGUGCCACCAUUGAUCUGGUUGCACACAAGAAACCUGCCCUGACCGUCCUUGAGAUUGGCCUUGAUGCUACUGAUGCGUCGUCGCUGUGGUUUGAUGAGGAGCAGGAGUCGUAUUCUGCACGCUCUGCCUAUGCAGAGUAUACUGUUGCUACGGUUGGUGGACCGAGCCUAGUCGACCUCCAGACAAGAUAUGAAGGCAAGAGAAAUACUUCCUUCCUGCUCUUGAGUGAGAAGAAAGAAAGCCUUGGCCUGGAAGCAGCUUCCUACGAUCUAAUCAUUGUCAAACUUGGUGAAGCCAACUCUUCCAACUUGCUUCAAGAGCUUGAGUCGCUUCUCUCCCAGAGCGGAGCUUAUACUCUUGUCAUCCAGGGCAAGGUCUCUGACUCCACGGCGAGAACUUCAUCUUCCGAAUCUGGUUCACUGCAGUCCGCCGCUACCCGAUCGCCAGAGGUCUUGCAGACACCGAGUGCGCCCACAUUUGCUGAUCCUAGCAUCAAGUCUUCCUCCGUGUCUGACACUCCGUUGCCAGGCCAGGACACUAACUCUGGCAUCAAGGGUUUGGCUCUCGACGUUGCUCUCCAGGAGAAGUUCUCAGUGGUCAACAGCAAGAUUUACCCCGUCUCAGAACUGCCAGGUCUCGGAUCUCCUGUCGAGAUUGCGUCUACUGAGAGCGUUGUCGCCCAGUUGUACACUCCGAACAACGCUGAAGUUGAAGGCCUCGCUCAGAAGCUGUCAAUUGUCAGCUUCUCUGACAAGACCUCUUCCCUUGGUUCCAGCCUGAAAGCUUCCCUGGAGUCCACUGGGUGGUCUGUCUCAACUCAUGGGCUUCCUCUGACCAAGCCUGCCGACGGAAGCAUCGUGCUCGUUCUCGACGAAAUUCAGUCGCCCUUCCUGAGGGACAUCUCUCAAGAGCAGUGGACAUCAUUGCAAGCACUGGUCAGCUAUGGCAACCCAGUUCUCUGGGUUACUCAAGGUGCGCAGUUGAAUGUGACAAACCCCGACGGUGCUCUUGCCCCCGGACUCUUCCGCGUCAUUCGCAUGGAGGACCAGAGCGCCCAGCUCACGACCCUGGAUGUCGAAGCUGCCACGGGCCCGGCUACCGACGCUGCAAUCACGCGGGUGUUGGAGCAGCUGCGCCAGCCGCGCGUCAAGGAAUUUGUCGAGUUUGAGUAUGCCGAGAGAAACGGCAUCAUCCACGUGCACCGCAUCGUUCCCGAUGUUGCCGUCAACAACUUCAAGUCGGUCGAGCAACUUGGCGCCGAACCUGUUGUACAAGACCUUCACGCUACCGAAGCUGAAGUAUCGCUCCGAGCCGAGCGCAUGGGAACUUUUGAUGCCCUGACCUGGGCUGAGACAUCUUCUGGCCCUGUACCCGUGGAGGAGGGACGUAUCGAGGUCGAGGUUGUCGCCGCGGGUGUCAACUUCAAAGAUGUUGCCGUCACCAUGGGCAUUGUUCCCGAGAACGAAUACACGCUGGGCUAUGAAGCUGCAGGUGUUGUCAAGCGACUUGGACCUGGUGUGACCAAAUUCAAGGUCGGGGAUCGGGUUUGCUUCUUGAACAAUGGUAGUUAUGCCAACCGCCUGCAGGUCCCGUACCAACGGGCGCACGUCUUCCCAGACAACAUCAGCUUUGAAGAGGCGGCGACGAUCCCGUCGGUAUACUUGGCGUCCAUCUACUCGCUAUAUCACCUUGGCAACCUCAGGUCCGGUCAGACUGUCUUGAUCCACUCGGCCACUGGUGGUGUUGGCAUCUCGGCCAUUCAGCUCGCCCAGCACAAGGGUGCCGAGGUAUUCGUCACAGCAGGCACAGAGGAGAAGCGCGAAUUUCUCGAAAAGAAUUAUGGAAUUGCCAAAGAUCACAUCUUCUCUUCGCGAAACACAGACUUUGCUGCGGCCAUCAAGAAGCAGACUGACGGCCGCGGUGUGGACGUUGUUCUCAACUCGCUCAUUGGCGAGCUGCUUGACGAAUCCUGGCGCAUCACGGCAGAUGGCGGCACUUUUGUUGAGAUUGGCAAAAAGGACAUUGUCGAUCGUAACUCGCUCUCCAUGGAACCCUUUGAUCGCAAUUGUUCCUUCCGCGCUAUGGACUUUUCCUAUACCAAGGAUAUUUCUCUACCACUGAUUGAAAGACUACUUGAUGAGAUUUUCGAUCUUGUCAAUGCUGGUCACGUCAAGCCCAUCCAGCCCAUUACCACUUUCGGCUUUGAUGACAUUCCAUCUGCUCUGGCUCAUAUUCGUAGCGGUCGUCACAUCGGAAAGGUUGUCAUCUCCAGUGGUGAGCACACCUCCGUCGAGGUCCCUAUUCGCCCCGCGGCACGAAAACUUGCUCUUGAUUCCGCAGUCUCGUACUUGAUUGUUGGUGGUCUCAAGGGUCUCUGCGGCAACCUGGCCAUCCACCUGGCCAAGAAUGGAGCACGUCGCAUCAUUGUCUGCUCCAGGAGCGGGUUGGAUGAUGCUGCCUCGCAAAAGACUGUGGCAAACUGCGCCGCCUAUGGCUGCGAGAUUGUCGAGGCAAAGGGCGACGUUGCAGACGAAACCUUUGUACGAAAGAUUUUCCAGGAAGCUUCCCCGGCCAUUUCCGGCGUCAUUCAAGGUGCCAUGAUUCUGAGAGACAAACCGUAUGAAAUUAUGACUUUGGAAGAAUACCACGCCGCGAUCCAUGCCAAGAUUCAGGGCACCUGGGCCCUCCACCGGGCUUCGCUUGAUCAACCCAAGCCCCUCGAGUUCUUCACACUUCUUUCCAGUAUCUCUGGCAUUGUCGGCAAAAAGGGUCAGUCCAACUACUCUGCCGCCAACACCUUCCUCGAUUCCUUUGCCUACUAUCGCCAGUCCCUCGGUCUGCGAGCCAACGCGGUUGAUUUGGGUCUGAUUGAGGAUGUCGGCUACGUCGCCGAGCAAGGCGGCAUGGACAGUCACUUUGAUAAGCGACAGUGGACGCCGAUCCUCGAAGGCACGCUGCGAAGCAUCCUCGACUACUCCAUCCUGCAGCAGACCCCUAAGCCCCUCAACACAGUCAGCGUGCCGCAGCUCAUCACGGGCAUUGGCUACCCUCUCCCCGACGACUCGGAUCUCAAGAGAGAGGCUCGCUUCGGCUACCUCUUUAGCCAGGCCGGCGGCGCCGACGGGGCCAAGGACGGCGGCAGCAAGGGAGAUCAGGCCAUUCGCGCCCUCAAGCUCAUGCACCAGUCGGGCGCCACCGGUGCGCCGCUCGUCAAGCUUGCGACGGAGCUUGUCGCGGGCCAGAUUACCAAGAUUCUGCGUCUCGAGACGGAGCUCGAGCCAGCCAAGUCGCUCAUGGCGUAUGGUGUUGAUUCGCUCGCGGCGGUGGAGCUGAGGAACUGGGUGCGAUCUGAGCUGGGCGCUGAGCUGUCGACACUGGACAUUACCAAUGCCAGCUCUCUGAUUGCCCUUUGCGAGAAGCUUGUUACCAAGCUGCCCGCGCCUUGA